CGCAUCAUCCACCUGGUGGUUCUCAAUUAUUCCAAUAUCUUCUACAUCGGUUACCACACCAAUUCAUAUACGAACUUCCAUAUUCCUCAAUCAUAUCCUUCACCGCUCCUGUAGUCUUUUCCCAUUCUAUCGGUGUUAUUGUCCACACAUACAUACUUUCUUUCAGGAGCCCUAACAAAAUUCAUUGAAUAAUAAUGAGAGACAAAGUAGACGAUGAUGAUGAUUACCUUUUGGAGGAAAAUGAUGAUGAAGAAGCUCAACAUGAUGAUACAGAAGAUGAUGAUGAUGAUGACGAAAGUCGUAAUUCUUCUUCGCAUUUCUCUUCUAGUCAAUGGCCGCAGAGUUACAAGCAGACAAUUGAUUCAUAUUCAAUCACAGCAACACCAAACUUUGGCCUCCUUAGAGAUCCUUCUUCUAUAUAUUCGUCACUAUAUGAUAUUGGAUGUGAAAAUAACUUUGACGAUGACGCAAAGGCUCGAUUGCUAUCUGAAUGUGAGAAAUAUUAUAGCAAAGAAGAUUUACGAAGAAUCACAAGGAAAAUAUCAUCAUGGUCAGGAAAGGGUUCCUUACAUGAACAACUUGGAGAGCUUCCCAUUAGCCAUGGAUGUAGCGUUACUCAGACUGUAUUUAACACGGUGAAUGUAAUGGUGGGAGUUGGGCUUCUUUCUAUGCCUUUUACGAUUGUGCAAGCAGGGUGGGCUGGGUUGGGUUUUCUAUUCCUGUUUGGCGUCAUAUGUUGUUACACUGCUUCGCUCAUGAAACGGUGCUUUGAGAGCAAAGAAGGUAUUCUUAGUUAUCCGGAUAUUGGAGAAGCUGCAUUUGGGAAAUAUGGUCGCCUUAUUGUAUCAAUUAUCUUGUAUACGGAGCUCUAUUCAUAUUGUGUGGAAUUUAUUAUUCUGGAAGGAGACAAUCUUACUAGUUUAUUCCCUACGGCUUCUUUGAAUUUCGGUGGUUACAAUCUGGACUCUGUUCACUUGUUUGCGGUUAUCACUUGUCUCAUUCUUGUACCCAUUGUGUUGUUGAAAAAUGUGCGAGUAAUCUCCUAUCUUUCAGCUACUGGUGUAUUGACUACAGUUGUGGUUAUCUUUUGUGUGUUUUACAUGGGGACCGUAAGUGUUGGAUUUAACGAAAGUGGUCCUGCAGUUAAGUGGAGUGGUGUGCCAUUUGCUUUGGGAAUUUAUGUUUUUUGCUAUUCCGGACAUUCCGUGUUUCCUAAUAUUUACCAGUCAAUGGCUGACAAGACCAAGUUUAGCAAGGCGAUGAUAAUAGCUUUCAUCUUGUGUGCGUCAAUGUAUGGGGCUGUUGCCAUUUUGGGAUACCUCAUGUUCGGUGAAAGCACAUUGUCCCAAAUAACACUAAACUUACCAGAUAACGCAAUCGUUUCAAAAGUUGCCUUGUGGGUAGUGGUCAUUAACCCGUUCACUAAAUAUGCGCUGCUUUUGAACCCGUUGACUAGUGCCAUAGAAGAGUUGUUACCUGCAAGAAUCCGAAACAGUACUUGGUGUUAUUUUAUCCUUAGAACAACAUUAGUCGUAUCGACUGUUUGUGUUGCAACUCUUAUCCCUUUCUUUGGUGCUGUGAUGUCUUUAAUGGGAUCACUCCUAUGUGUAAUGGUGGCGAUGAUAAUGCCAGCUCUGUGUUUUCUCAGAAGUCAAGGGAAUAAGGCAACAACUACACAGAUUGGUUUUAGUAUUUCCAUUAUUGUGGUUGGCAUCAUGAGUGCUCUAGUGGGAACUUACUCGUCAUUAUCGAGCAUUGUUACAAACUUAUGAGACCUUGUGUAACAGACCAAGCCUACAAAGAUGUUACCAUGAUGAUUUAGCAAGGAUCGUACAGGUUAACCAACGAGGAGGAACGUGUCUUUAAAUGGUGGCUUUUUGUUUGUUUCUUUUAUUUGAAGGAUCUUGUUGUUUGUUGGUCUGUCAUCCUGUGAAGUUUGUGCCUGGAUUUGAGUCUAGAACUAGUCCGGGUUGGCCUAGGAUGAUCUAGGCCGCCCGUACACAAACCUAGUUCAAUGAGGACUGAUCGAUUUUGCCCUAACAUCAGUUUUAAAAUGUUGGGAAUAUGUUCAAAUAAAUAAUAUAUUUUGGGUUGAGACGUA